AAUACUUGACGGACUCGUUCUUAAGGUGAAUGGUGAAUGGAUAAUAACGGCACGGCGCUGCACUUUUAAAUAAAGCUGGAGGCAACGGUCCUAUGUACAACUCGGAGCAAAGGCUAGCUAGCUUGCUCAAUGGGAGAUACUCACAGAUCCAUCACCGUUCGGCUGAAAAGAGAAGACUGUAAGCGCACAAAACAUGACUCUGCUUUCUCCGAUUGGAAGAUUCUAAUUGGGCCUAAUGAUUGGACGGAUUAUUUAUUGAGGAAGGAAGGAGCAGAGAAAUAUAGGACUCAGAACCUGCCAAACUGCACUUCGUGCUCUGGAGUUUAUGAGCUGGGAAUAGCUGUGACACGACACCAAGCUGGGCGAGAGGCUAGCAGACUUGACCCUGAUUAUAUUGUUCCUGUAUAUGUUGGAAAAUCUGACAAUGUUAGGACUAGGCUACAGCGGUAUGGCCGUGAAGGCGCUCAUUUAGAGAAUGGCUGCUCCAAUAGUGCACUGCACGACCAAGUAAAUGUAUCUGCUUCAAAGAGAGCAGGAUUGUUUACAGAAGCAUUCUCAAGAGGCUUCUCUAUCGUUUAUAGGUGGGCACCUAUGAAUGACAACAAAGACGCUGAGAAAACUGAAGCCCAGCUGCUCGAUAGAUUUGACUAUGCUUGGAAUAAAGGCAGUAAUGGCGUACGUUGCCACAAUGAUGUCCUCCGCAAACUUGAUGGCGUUUCAAGAGCAACUCGUCUUCCUGCUUUUGUCAGGAAGCUUCAAUUGUCCCUUGAGAAACAAAAAGGUGUCAGAAUCCAAGCUUGCAAGCCCCUUCUGUUGGAGAACGGAGAUGAUUUUCAUGAUACCUUCAAAAGCACUUAUUUCCUUCCCGAAAUCGUCAAAUUUGGUCGAUCACAGCCAAGAAUAGUUUCACUAAGUUCCUGUGUAAAUAAUGAUCCAAAUAAUAUUUGUGGUGUGGCUUUGGGUCAUGGAUCUGUUUGUAUAAGGCCUCCAAUAACGGGAAAUAAAAGAUGUGCUGAGCACAAAGGAAUGAAGGUAAAUGGUGUAGAACAUAAGGGUAUGAGGGUUAAAAAGCCCAUUUCUGAGCAAUUAGGAAAAAUACCAAGUGUAUUUGCAGGUCCAGCUACCAAAAUUAGCAGUGAGAAAAUGCAUUGGAAUAUAGACAUUCCAUCAGUCAACCAUUCUCCAGCUUGUGGAGCAACAUCGCUUAAUGGUUCCUUUUGCAGAAGGAAACUUUCGGAAGGUAAUAAAAGAUGUUGGCAGCACAAAGGAGCAGAAAUACCAAGUGUAUUUGCAGGUCCAUCAGUCAACCAUUCUCCAGCUUGUGGAGCAACAUUGCUUAAUGGUUCCUUUUGCAGAAGGAAACCUUCGGAAGGUAAUAAAAGAUGUUGGCAGCACAAAGGCAGGAAGAGCUGAAGUAGGACCUCCACGACCUGCAUAUUGUAGUUUCAUCUGAGAGAAUUAUUAAUCAAGUUGUGGUGAACCCUUACGCUGUGGUUCCUAUAGUGAAAGGUCACCCCACUCAAAGGUGCAUCCUAGUUGUUAAUGAAGUUGCGUUGAGGAUUAUGAGCAGGGGCGGCCUAAGGGCAAGGCAAUGAAGCUAUUGCCUUAUGCCCCAAAUAUUAAGGGCCUCAAUUUUAAGUACUAUGUGUCACAUAUAUUUUAUGUAAUUAUUAUUAAUAAAAUAUGUAAAAAGUUUUAAUUAAAGUUAUACGGUUGAGUGACAGAUAACGAUAAAUUUCUCUCAUUUAAUUAAAUAAAUGAUGCAUUUACCUUCAUUAUCAAA